ACCAGUUGGUGUUGGUAAUGAACAAAAGACUCAUGAGAGCUCGUCUUAGCAUGAGAUGACUUCAUCAACUGCCAGAAUAACGCGUCAUGCGUCCAGCUUAUCGAGUACCAACUCAAUCCCAAGGGUGGAAUAGCAGGUUGAUUUCAGAUGGUUUUGUGGUACCACCAGGAUAUCAACUCCUGGAAUGUUACUUGCACGUACGACAUUGAGGAAAAUUGUCGACGCUGAUGUACUGUGAAUGUCUCUGAUGUUACAUUCACCACAGGAUCUUCUGUUCUUGGAGUCCUUGGAUCCAUUCCUGCCUCGAGGGCCAUUCAGCUCUGGCUAUUUUUCCUGGUACUCCAGGCAUUAUCGUUCACCUUUAUUUAUUCAUCAGCUGUUUGCUGGGGGUUUAAAGUUUUAUGGAGGAACUGACUGAGAGCUGAGAGCUGGAGCUAUUCGGGACAACCUGCAGGUGUCGGAGUCCCAGUGAAAAACAAUUUUCUGGUGUCGACGGAAUCCAGUGAUUCAGAAAUGAAUUAACAUCGACGAGUGAUAGACGUGUGGGAACAAUGAAGCUGUCGAUUUCGUGUAUCGUGGGUUUGAUGAUAGUGUUUGGUGAGCCAGAUUGGGGACUUGGAUGGUUCGGUGGUAGAGACGUGGUGAGGGGUGAGAGCACUAUUAAAAUAGGGACUAGUGAAAGGGGUAGUUUGUCGAGGGGUUUGGCUGUUGGUACCGGUCGUGGGGGGUCCUCAAGAGGAUCUGGGGUACGUCUUGGUGAGAACAGAGGAAAUAUCACCAGACAGAAAGCACCUGCAUCCACUACAUCAUCAACUACGUCAGAGCCACAUCUGACGCAUGCACCUCAUGCUGCUGGAGGUGGCAACAAUCUCACAUAUCUACAGGUGGGAAUGGUUGUUCCGUACAAGGCAUUUGGCACUCGUGAGUACACCAAAGCAGCUUUAACUGCAGUCAGCGUUCUGCAACGUAGCACAAGAGGACCAAAGCUAGGACUAUUCACUCAUUACGACAUCCAUGUUCACAUCGCAAUGAAGGAGCUAACGCCAAGUCCCACUGCAAUUCUCGACUCUUUGUGCAAGGAAUUCCUCACGGUGAACGUAUCAGCGAUUCUCUACUUGAUGAAUUAUGAACAGUACGGAAGAAGUACAGCAAGUGCACAAUAUUUUCUCCAGCUAGCUGGUUAUCUUGGAAUACCAGUGAUAGCAUGGAAUGCCGAUAAUUCCGGUUUAGAGAGGAGAGCUUCACAGAGUUCUCUCCAGCUGCAGCUGGCACCUUCGUUGGAGCAUCAAACAGCAGCAAUGCUGAGCAUUCUUGAGCGUUACAAGUGGCAUCAAUUCAGCAUUGUAACAUCACAGAUUGCUGGCCAUGAUGACUUCAUUCAGGCUGUCAGGGAGAGAAUAUCCGACAUGCAGGACAUAUUUAAAUUCACAAUAUUGAAUGCUGUACUCGUUACCAAACCCAAUGAUCUCAUGGAAUUGGUCAGCAGUGAGUCCAGGGUUAUGCUCCUUUAUGCAACACGAGAGGAAGCUAUUCACAUAUUGACAGCUGCCAGGGAUCUCAAGAUUACAGGUGAAAAUUAUGUGUGGGUUGUCACCCAGAGUGUCAUCGAGAAUCUUCAGACGCCUAAUCAAUUCCCUGUUGGAAUGCUUGGUGUUCACUUCGAUACCAGCAGUACAAGUCUCGUCAAUGAGAUCGCAACAGCGAUAAAAGUUUACGCCUACGGGGUCGAGGAUUUUGUGAAUGACCCGAAAAAUGCACACCACAGCCUCAACACGGCACUCAGCUGUGAGGGCCUUGGAGAGUCCAGGUGGAACACGGGUGAUCGAUUCUUUAAAUAUUUGAAGAACGUCUCGGUUGAGGGGGACCAGGGCAAGCCAAACAUCGAGUUCACUCAAGACGGAGUUUUGAAGGCAGCCGAGCUGAAAAUCAUGAACUUGCGACCUGGUGUGAGUAAACAACUCGUCUGGGAGGAGAUCGGGGUGUGGAAGUCGUGGCAGAAGGAGGGACUAGACAUAAAAGAUAUUGUCUGGCCGGGGAAUUCCCACACACCGCCCCAAGGUGUUCCUGAGAAAUUUCACCUGAAGAUAACAUUCCUGGAGGAACCACCGUACAUUAAACUGGAUCCACCAGAUCCAGUAAGUGGACAAUGUCUGAUAGAUCGAGGAGUUCAUUGUCGAGUUGCCAAGGAGGCGGACAUGGCCGAAAUGGAUAUCCAAUCAGCCCAACGGAAUGAAAGCUUUUACCAGUGCUGCAGUGGAUUCUGCAUUGAUCUUCUCCAAAGAUUCUCCGAGACCAUUGGAUUUACGUAUGAGCUCGUAAGAGUCGAGGAUGGAAAAUGGGGAACACUCGAGAAUGGAAAAUGGAACGGUCUCAUAGCCGAUCUGGUGAACCGUAAAACCGACAUGGUACUCACGUCCCUCAUGAUAAAUUCUGACAGAGAAGCAGUAGUUGAUUUUACUGUGCCUUACAUGGAGACUGGAAUAGCCAUUGUCGUUGCCAAACGAACCGGCAUAAUAUCACCAACAGCAUUUUUGGAGCCCUUCGACACGGCUUCCUGGAUGUUAGUGGGCAUCGUGGGCAUUCAUGCUGCCACAUUCAUGAUUUUUUUAUUCGAGUGGCUGUCACCUUCUGGCUUCAACAUGAAAGCAAAUCCAUCUCCAAAUCAUCGUUUCUCCCUGUCAAGAACGUACUGGCUUGUCUGGGCAGUUCUGUUUCAAGCUGCUGUACAUAUUGACUCACCGCGUGCAUUCACUGCGAGAUUCAUGACGAACGUUUGGGCCAUGUUCGCUGUCGUGUUCCUCGCCAUAUACACUGCCAACUUGGCGGCCUUCAUGAUAACGAGAGAGGAGUUCCACGAGUUCAGUGGUCUUGAUGAUCCACGAUUGGCAAAACCCUGGACCCACAAGCCCAUGUUCAAAUUUGGUACAACACCUUGGAGUCACACAGACAGUACACUAGCCAGAUACUUCAAGGAGAUGCAUCACUACAUGGAGCCAUUCAACAAGACCAAUGUAUUGGAGGGCAUCGAUGCUGUUAUCAGUGGAGAUCUCGAUGCAUUCUUCUACGAUGGAACAGUAUUGGAUUAUCUUGUAACUCAAGACGAGGAUUGCCGAUUGUUAACAGUCGGUUCGUGGUACGCAAUGACGGGUUAUGGUCUUGCCUUCUCCAGAAAUUCCAAAUACGUCGAGAUGUUUAAUGAACGUUUGCUUCAUUAUCGAGAGAACGGGGAUUUGGAGAGAUUGAGGAGAUACUGGAUGACUGGCACCUGCAAACCCGGAAAGGAAGUGCAAAAGAGCAGUGAUCCACUGGCUCUAGAGCAAUUUCUCAGUGCAUUUCUACUGCUGAUGGCGGGAAUACUUCUGGCAGCUCUGCUUCUCUUUCUGGAGCAUCUGUAUUUCAAAUACAUCAGGCACCAUCUAGCCAGAAGCGAUCGUGGCGGAUGCUGUGCAUUAAUCAGUUUGAGUAUGGGAAAAUCGCUGACUUUUCGCGGUGCUGUAUUCGAGGCGCAGGAUAUUAUUCGCCAGCACAGGUGUCACGAUCCAAUAUGCGAUACACACUUGUGGAAAGUUAAACACGAAUUGGAUAUGGCGAGGAUAAGGAUACGACAGCUGGAGAAAGAUCUUGAGGCGCAUGGAAUCAAACCCAGUCAACCCAGGAGAAAGCCGGAUAAAUUGGCCUGGUGGCGAGGCUGUUUGCAGCCAUCAAUACCACCUCACAUCGAACGAUUGGCUGUUGAAGCACCUCAUCCCCUUCCACCGUAUUUCGAUUCAUAUUUGGAUGCUGUUGAGGUGUCCCGACCCAGGGAUAUGACCCGAGCAAUGGUAGUCAGCACUGAAUUUGCCGAAGGAUUUUUGCCAACAGAAAUUUACAGACUUCCGGAGGAUGACUCCACUCGAACCGAAAUCGCAGAGAUCGAAACAGUUCUGUGAUGAAAGGGAAUUGCCGGAUGUGAAUUAUAUGUGUGAGGCUUUGAGUGUGUUAAAUGCCUUCGAGAAUUGUUCGUGUGCUAUUUCAAAGAAUUCUACACGAGAAAAAAAAAUACAUCUUCCACUCUGAAUUCCGUGAAAUCGUCGGGCCAAAUUGGAGGGAAAUUUUUUGAGUGCAUUCGCUGGAAUUAGCGAUGGGAGAAUCGAGUUGCUAUUGAAGCGUGAAUAUAGGAUGAGAAUACAUUGGAAUUGAGGAGAAAUAGCUCCGCCCAAUAUUUUUGAUUAAAAUUCAGUGCCUGAGGUUCGAGUAAUUUUCGCAUUCGUCUGGUAAUUACAAAAACUAUUUUUUAUUUAUUGUAUUUUUCGUUCUAUCGGAGGUUAAAGUGUCAUGGGGAUGGCCGAACUAUUUUUACAAUAAUUUAUUUUCAGUAAAAAACAGGUGAGAAAUAAUAAAAGAAUUCGGAUAGCGAAAUCGAGAAUGAGUUUAUAAAAUCUCGAUGACAUUUCCGAAUAUUGAAAUUAGUCAGUCACUUGUCCUUUCGUAUUCAAUAUCAGUCCUUUAAAUCGAGUCCAGAGAAAUUUUCAAAAAAAUUUUACGGGUGGCUAUCGCCAAAUGAACAAUUUUAAUCAUGCACAGGUGAUUUGACCCGUGUCUGAGCACUUGUCGGAAAAAUCGGGGCCUUUCUCUGGCCCCUAAUUCAUGAAUGGAGAAAUCUUUAUGUACCACGAUUAACUGAAUAUUCAAAAUAUAUGUUGAUUAAAGUCUAGUCUAACUGCAUUGGAUACAUGUUUUAAAAUAUAUGCGGUGAUAGAUAUAUAUUGAAAUUUCAUAAAUAUCGAAUAAAAAAAUAUAUACUAUAUUCUAAAGAAGACGAGGCAAAUGAAGUAUAAUCCAUUAAACACGUGCUCAAAUAAAACACAAAUAAAUCGACAAUUCACUAGCGAAAUGAUUGAGUCAACAUAAUUUUUCCACAUAUCUCCGGAUCUCAAGUAGGCAGCGAAAUUUUCGUUAUAACCUUUUUUCUAGCUCUCAAUGGGCUCUAUCAAAAAGGUUCCCACAAAAAUUUUGAUAUCGGCUCUGGAUUCCAAGAUAUUCCGCCGUUUCGCUAUUGAAUUUUUAUGGUAAAUUGAAUGUUCAUUCUGUAUCGAGUUAUUGAUUUACGCUGUAAUCAAAGCUUAUCAGCUGCCAGUGCAUACCAUUAUUAUGUAUUUGUACCCCUGAAUUUUUCAAGUAUUUAGUGACGACAAAACGAGACAGAAAAUGAAAAUAAUUUGCUUAGAGAAAAGAGGGAGAUAAUCGUCUCCGAUGGCUGUAUGUAAGAUACGCUUCGCUAUAUAUCUAAAUUGAUAAGAUAAGGCAGUAAUGAUGGGGUGAAUGUCUGAUUGAAUAGUUCAAGUAUUUAAUGGUCCAUCAUUACUGAAAAAGCCCUACAGUGAGGAAUUUUGAAUAUAUUGUUAAUGAAGGUGAUAAUGAGAAACUGUUGUUAUUGUUGUUACUGUUAAAGAUAAAGGACGGAUUUAAUCUAGGUCUACAGACGAUGCAGAAAUCAAAUUAUUGUCCUCUCUCAUGAGUACACACUUAUUCACAGCGAGAAAAAAUUUCUUGCAUUAUCAAUUGCCUUUUGUUGUAACGAAAUUGAUUUCAGGGGCGAUGAAUAAUAAGUCGGUUUGUUUCCUUGUUGAAUUUUCAACGAAUAUCUCCGAAUCUGAGAGAGAUAGCCAGAUUUUUUAUGGGACCUUUUUUGCAGGACGGAGUGAGACCCGCGAAAAAUGUUUUUAUAGAAAUUUUGAUAUCUGCCUCAGAUUCGGAGAUAUUUCACAUUGAAUGACGUAUUCACUGAAUCGACUUGGCCUUUACCGUUUUCUAUCGAUUUAUUUAGUUGAAAAUUAACUUUCACCUGUAAAAAUUUCCAUUUUUUCACGACACAAGUAUUUGGUACUGGACCUAUUGAUCACUCAAAUCAUAUUGUUCAGAAUUCACGGUACGAAAAUGAAAUGUAGGAUUAAAACAGAAAUUUGAGGACAACGAAACAACAGAAAUUGAUCAAUCGCUCAUAAAUUAAUCAGAGCACGUAAUUUUUUACUCUGAAAAUAUCUUAUCUCUUCCUCUCUUUUCUGUAAUCAUAGAACUGUAUAAAAAUCACAAAAUAUCGAAAGAUAAACGAUAAAAACUUUAACGAAACUGUCCAAUUACCUAAAUAUAACGAGAGCAAUAGAAAAUCAUUCGAGAUAUUCGAGGAGUCGCGGUAAUUUGAAAAGAAAUUAUCAAAAAUCUUGUGCCCUCCCGAAUAAAAAAAAAAACAUGAAGUAUUGAAUCAAAUAAUCAACACGAGUAAAUGUACGAAUGAAGCUGAACGCUUCACCGUGUAUGUGUAUUUUUCAUAUUAUUAUGUACGGCUUUACUGUAAAUAGUCAUUUCACUAAUUGUUCAGUAAAAAUUAUGAAAAGUGAAAAAUCCUAACGUUCUCGUAAUUUUUACUGAAUUAUUUUUCGUUAAUGUAAGAACGAGAGAAAAUAAAUGAAUGAAGGAUUAUGGUGAAAACAUUUACCCUCAGGAUGCUGAUACUGUCCAAUUAAAUUAAAAUUUAAUAAACGCGAUUGGCAGUAUUUAAAUUGAGACUAAUUAUAACUGGAUAAAAUGUUCACCAAUUCCUCGUUCAAAUUGUUGUUUUUAAAUGGAAUUCUAAGCGAUAAAUGCGUGAUUGUACGUUGUUUUAAAUA